AUGAUUGUGAUUUUAUUCAUUUAUGUUUUAUAUGUAUUUGGUGGUUCUUUAGAUAAAACGUGUGCAUGUAAAUGUGAUGGUGAUUCUACUACUUCAAAUUACCAAAUUAAUAUUAUGACAGUAGAUGCUGAAUGCCCUGGUACUGCAACAGGUGAGAUAUUGGUAUCUCAACUAAAUGAAGGGUCGUUUGAUGCCACAAUUUCAUAUAACUUAAAGACUGUUCCUGGAGGUGCAAAUGUCACAUCAAGUUCUAGUGCGUUUCAAGUUAAGGAAGGAACAUAUUCAUUAACUAUUACUUACACAUUUGAGACAAGAGAUUUUGAGACAGGUACAGCAAGUUAUAAAUCAUGUUCAUGUUCAUUUGAUGGUUUAACAAUUACAGCUAGGUAUGAAACUAUUAGUGGUAUCACUCAUGAAGUAACACCAAACCAACAUUGUGCAGGAAGUUAUGGUACGAUUCAAUGUGGUGCUAAGGUUAGUAGUGGAAAUGUUAGUUAUAGAUUAUCAGGUACAGAGUCAAGAGAUUUCAAUAAAGAUGGUUUAUUUUCUAAUCUUCCAGUUGGAAGAUAUAGAUGUCUUGUUAGUUCAACACAUUGUGCUUCUCAAAGUGAAGAAUUUUCUCUUCAAUACUCUAAAAAAUGUUCUUCAGAAAAUAUUUGGUUAGAUAGACAAAUUUAUGGAGAAGGUCAAGGUUUGUUUAUAGCAGGAUUAGUGUUAAUAGUUCUUGGUAUUGUUCUUAACUUUUGUGUUUGUGUUUGUUGCUGUAAAUUGAUAGUUCAUGAUAGAAAAUCAGAGAAGUUUACCAAAAAACAAUUUGAAAAUAAAACAAAGAAAAGUAAAAAACAAAAGAAAGAGGAAGAUGAAUUAAAAGAAUUAAAAUAA